AUGGCAGAGAGUGAGCUUGCGCCGAAGUUCGCCCCGUUCUUCUCCUUCGCCGGCAUUGCCGCUGCAAUGAUCUUCGGGUCGGCAGGAGCGGCAUAUGGCACAGCAAAGUCCGGUAUUGGCAUUGCAGGUGUGGGAACCUUCAGGGCCGAUCUUAUCAUGAAGUCCCUCAUUCCCGUCGUUAUGUCCGGUAUUAUCGCAGUUUACGGUCUUGUGAUUGCCGUGCUCAUUGCACAAGCGGUGGGCCCAACAACCAACAUGAGUCUAUAUACAGGCUUCAUGCAUCUCGCCGCUGGAAUGUCGGUCGGUCUCACAGGUGUGGCUGCUGGUUAUACGAUUGGAGUUGUGGGUGAUGCAGGUGUUCGAGCAUACAUGCAACAGUCUCGGGUUUACGUGGGAAUGAUUCUCAUUCUGAUUUUCGGUGAAGUUCUUGGGCUUUAUGGCUUGAUUGUUGGUUUGAUCUUGAACUCCAAGUCUUGA